AUGUUGAAGCCGGGACUGAUCUUGAUACUGGCCGCCGUGGCUUCGGCCCGUCAGUGCCAGAAUAUCACAGUCCCAGUCUCCAUCAGCUCGCGCAAUGGUGUUUUCGACAUGGCCGCCCCUUCCACCGACAUCGACGUCACCAACUUGUUCUUGAGAAUGGCGUGGCCUGGGAACAACGGCACCGCCAACGUGCUGAAAGGAUACCAGACGGUGUCGGGAAACUACACGCUCGCCGCCACGUAUUGCGAGCCCGACAACGGCCCCGGCCACGCGCUCCAGAUCCUCACGCACGGCGUUGGCUUCGACCGGAGCUACUGGGACUUUCCCUUUGCCAACUACAACUACAGCUACGUGAACCGGGCCCUCGACGCCGGCUACUCAACCCUCACCUGGGACCGCCUGGGCAUCGGCCACUCCUCCCACGGCGAUCCUGUCAACGAGAUUCAAAUCUUUCUCGAAAUCGCGGCCCUCAAGGCCCUGACGGACACGGCGCGGGACGGACAGCUGAGCGGCAUCGCGCACAAGUUCAACAAGACCGUCCACCUGGGACACUCGUUCGGCUCGGCCAUGACCUACGCUCUCACGGCCCUGCACCCCGACAUCACCGACGCCAUCGUCCUCACCGGCUUCAGCCAGGUGCCCCAGUUCAUGGCCUACUUUGCGCUCGGCGCAAACUUUGCCCCCGUCGCCGACAACCGCCUCCUCGCCAGGCAAUACGCCGCCGGCUACAUUGCGCCCAGGGACAGCAUCGGCGUCCACAUCAACUUCUUUGGCCCGGGCGACUUUGACCCCGAGGUGCUCAAGGUGGCUACCCAGACGGGCCAGCCCGCCGCCGUGGGAGAGCUGCUGACCGUCGGCUCCGUGCCCAAGUCGAGCGAGUUUCCCGGCCCCGUCAUGAUCAUCACCGGUGAUCGCGACAUCCCCUUCUGCGGCGGCAACUGCAUGAACACCAUGGCCAUCAACGGCUCUGCCCCCAACCUGGUCGAGUACUCCAGGGACAGCUUCAAAAAGGCGGCUGCCUUCCAGGCCACGGUGGUGCCCAAUGCCGGCCACGGCCUGAAUUACAACUACAACGCGCCGGAUGUGUAUAGGGCGAUUACCGACUUUAUCAAGGCCAGUGUCUAG